AUGAUGCUAUAUGGCAUCCUUCGUCAGCAGCAUGUGAAUUGGCAACAACCACCAGCCCCAACAGAGAACAUUCAGAACAGACAGAAGUGCUGUUCAACCCUUAGGUUGCUCUUCAUUAGCCAACCGUCUACCUUCGAUUUCUACAUUUCAGCUCCUUUCGAUAAGUGCAAUGCGGCUCUAGAAAAGGGAGAUUGCAAAGCAGCGCAUCAUCGAUUCGGCUAUGAUGCUGCGAAGGGCGCCUGCAUACCAUUCACCUACGGUGGUUGUGGCGGAAACGCAAACAGAUUUGAGACGCUGGAAGAAUGCGAAACUGCAACGGCGACAUGCUCAAAUACAGGUACGUCGAAAAUGUAUUUGGAACUAUAUGUACUAUGUCAGCGACUGUGGUAG